AUGAAUCAGGGGAAGUUAGGGUUUCUAAUUCUCUCCUUUCUUCUGAUCUGGACUCUAGCCUAUGGCAGAUUCGUCGUGGAGAAGAACAACCUCAAAGUCACGUCACCUGAUUCGAUCAAAGGUAUUUACGAAUGUGCCAUUGGGAACUUUGGAGUUCCUCAGUACGGUGGUACAUUGGUCGGAACCGUCGUGUAUCCGAAAUCGAACCAGAAGGGUUGUAAGAGCUACAGCGAUUUCGAUAUUUCUUUCAAGUCUAAGGCUGGUCGGUUGCCCACUUUUGUUCUCAUCGAUCGUGGAGACUGUUUCUUCACUUUGAAAGCAUGGAUAGCUCAACAAGCUGGAGCAGCAGCGAUUCUUGUAGCUGACAACAAAGCUGAGCCAUUGAUUACCAUGGACACACCUGAGGAAGACAAAUCAGAUGCAGACUAUCUGCAAAACAUCACCAUUCCUUCUGCUCUCAUCACCAAGUCCUUGGGAGACAGUUUAAAAUCUGCUCUUUCCAAGGGCGAGAUGGUGAACAUGAAGCUGGACUGGACCGAGUCUGUUCCACAUCCGGACGAGCGCGUUGAAUACGAGCUCUGGACUAACAGCAACGACCAGUGUGGGCAAAAGUGUGAUACUCAGAUUGAGUUUCUCAAGAACUUCAAAGGAGCUGCUCAGAUUCUUGAGAAAGGAGGGCACACUCAGUUCACGCCACACUACAUCACUUGGUACUGCCCUGAGGCUUUUACGCUCAGUAAACAGUGUAAGUCUCAGUGUAUCAACCGUGGGAGGUACUGUGCGCCUGAUCCUGAGCAGGAUUUUACUAAAGGGUAUGAUGGGAAGGAUGUUGUUGUUCAGAAUCUGCGCCAGGCUUGUGUUUAUAGAGUGGUGAAUGAGACUGGUAAGCCUUGGGUUUGGUGGGACUAUGUGACUGACUUCGCCAUUAGGUGUCCAAUGAAGGAUAAGAAGUAUACUAAGGAGUGUGCAGACGAGAUAAUCAAGUCCCUUGACAUUGAUCUCAAGAAGGUGGACAAGUGUAUUGGUGACCCUGAUGCAGAUGUGGAGAACCCUAUUCUUAAAGCAGAGCAGGAGUCUCAGAUUGGCAAAGGUUCACGUGGAGACGUGACUAUACUCCCAACUCUCGUAGUGAACAACAGACAAUACAGAGGUAUUGGAGAACACAUUCUCUUUCUACAGCAUCUAACUCUCUUUUUUUUUUUUGCUAACUCAAAUAUUUUUUUCAUGAGCUUAGGUAAAUUGGAGAAAGGGGCAGUGCUGAAAGCUAUGUGUUCAGGUUUUCAAGAGUCAACAGAACCAGCUAUAUGUCUAACUGAAGAUUUAAAUACUAAUGAAUGUUUGGAAAACAAUGGUGGGUGCUGGCAAGACAAAGCUUCCAACAUAACUGCAUGCAGGGAUACAUAUAGGGGAAGAUUGUGUGAGUGCCCUACUGUUCAAGGUGUUAAGUUUUCAGGAGACGGUUACACUCACUGCAAAGGUAGAUUAGUUCAUCUCCCUGUAGCUUUACAUAUUCUGUGUGUAAGGCCUACUCUCAACGUUGUUUUUCUUUUCUUGGCAGCCUCUGGAGCUUUGCAUUGUGGUAUCAACAAUGGAGGAUGCUGGAGAGAAACCCGAGGCAGCUACACUUACUCUGCUUGCGUAGAUGAUCAUUCAAGUGAUUGCAAAUGCCCACUUGGGUUCAAGGGCGAUGGAGUAAAGAGCUGUGAAGAUGUGGACGAGUGCAAAGAAAAAACGGUUUGCCAGUGCGCAGACUGUAAAUGUAAAAACACAUGGGGAAGUUAUGAAUGCAGCUGCAAGAAUGGUUUGCUCUACAUGCGUGAACACGACACUUGCAUUGGUUCAAGCAAAGUUGGAACUACAAAGCUGAGCUGGGGCUUUUUGUGGAUUCUUAUCAUCGGAGUUGGUGUUGCAGGUCUUGCCGGAUACGCCGUCUACAAAUACAGGAUCAGGAGUUACAUGGAUGCGGAGAUAAGAGGUAUCAUGGCACAGUACAUGCCACUUGAGAGCCAACCCACCCCAAGUGGUCCUCAUAUGGACAUAUGA